AUGCUUCCACUUUUCUUUCUGAUUACUUUGUAUUGUUUCUCUCUCUCUCUCUCUCUCUCUCUCUCUGUACUGUAUCCUCUCUUUCCCUUCUCUCUCGUAGUAUUGUCUUCUCUCAGUCUCUCUCUUUCGUAUUGUCUUGGCUCUCUUUCGUAUUGUCUUGGCUCUCUUUCGUAUUGUCUUGGCUCUCUUUCUCUCUCUGUAUUGUCUUGGCUCUCUCUCUCUCUCUCUCUGUAUUGUCUUGGCUCUCUCUCUCUCUGUAUUGUCUUGGCUCUCUCUCUCUCUCUGUAUUGUCUUGGCUCUCUCUCUCUCUCUCUCUCUGUAUUGUGUUGGCUCUCUCUCUCUCUCUCUCUCUGUAUUGUCUUGGCUCUCUCUCUCUCUCUCUCUGUAUUGUCUUGGCUCUCUCUCUCUCUCUCUGUAUUGUCUUGGCUCUCUCUCUCUCUCUCUCUCUGUAUUGUCUUGGCUCUCUCUCUCUCUCUCUCUCUGUAUUGUCUUGGCUCUCUCUCUCUCUCUCUCUCUGUAUUGUCUUGGCUCUCUCUCUCUCUCUCUGUAUUGUCUUCAUGCUCUCUCUCUCUCUCUCUCUCUGUAUUGUCUUCAUGCUCUCUCUCUCUCUCUGUAUUGUCUUCACCUGCUCUCUCUCUCUCUCUGUAUUGUCUUCGCCUGCUCUCUCUCUCUCUGUAUUGUUUUUGCCUGCUCUCUCUCUCCCUGUAUUGUUUUUGCUCGCUCUCUCUCUCUCUCUCUAUUGUUUUUGCUCUCUCUCUGUAUUGUCUUUGCUCCCCCUCUCUUUAUACUUCCUCCCCACUUCUCUCACUUUCACUCUGUUUUAUUAUUUUCCUUUCUUUUCUCUGUCUCCUGUUUAUCUACUUCUCUGUUCUCACCUAUGAUUUAUACAUUUUCUCCAACUCUCUCUCACUGUUUCUGUUCUUAGUAUUUAUUCUUCUAUCCUCUAACUUUUACUCCUACCACUUCCUCAUACACUUACUUCUGUCACCAAUCUAUCUCUUCCCACUUUCAUCGUUUUUCUUCACAUCCACACACCCCCUUGUCUCUGUAGAUGUCACUUCUCAUGACUCAUUUUAUGUUGUGUCUCUGAUUUGGGGAAGGGAGAAUUUUUAA